UCUUGCAUACUUGUGUCUGGCUGGACCGCUUCUCAAUACGGAAGAGUAGAUAGUAUUUGUUACAUUAUAAUGGUGGUUACCUCAUUAUUACGAUAAGAUUUUUUGUGCGACUUGUAAAAUGCAAAUGAUGGGUAUUUCAUCCAGGCAGAAUUUUCAGACAAUUUUGGCAAUUGGGCAUUUGUAGUGAAUCAACUCAUAGCAAACAGUGAUGUGUGAAGCAUUUCAUAUCAAUAAAUUAUAGAAUAUUCCGGUGUAUGCUGUGAUUUGGUUUUAAAAUUUUGAACCAAAAAUAAAUUAUUUUGCCAAAAAUGUUUACCAUGGCUCAACGGUGUUUCAGGAUUCUAGCCCAUUUGGAUAUCCUCUUAUUCUUUGCAGUAUUUUUUGGAAGUGCGAUAACAGAAACGUACAUCUGUAAAGCUAAACCUAUUUCAUUUCAUGAGCACAACUUUGACUUUUUUGGACUUUUCCCAAAACUGGAAGACAAUGUCCACGCCAAUAUUUCGGAGCAAACAGUAACCCAGGAGUGUAAAAAUGAUGAGGAGAAACAACUUAAUAGUUCGAUUUGCAUGCCCGUCAAUUAUCAAGACACGAUUUGGGAUUAUCGUUUAAAAAUCAUAAACGAAGCUCGAAAUUAUGGAAUGGAAGUAUACCACAUCGUCUACAUUCUCUUUUGGUUGGUUAUUGUGACUUAUUUUGUAACCGAAAUUUGGCAGUAUUGUCUAUUACUGAGGGGAAUCAAUGUGCGGCGAGCCCGUUUUCUCUACAAAUGGGUGACAUUCCGGAUUAUAGUUUUGGCUGUAGCAAUGACCAUUGCAAUGUAUGACAUUUCUGGUCGACAAGUCACUUGCACGGAUAUCUUUGCAGUGCCUUUUGGUGGGUUUAGAUUUCUACACCUCGUUCUCGUGGUUUUCUUCACACUUUCCAAAGUUCAGAAAAUGGGAUCAUCAUCAGAAGCCAUUGUAAUGACGGGGAGUGAAAAGUUAUAAUUAAUUGUUUUUCCGUCCUCUUCCUAAAUAUAUCUACCUGCUUGUUAUGCAAUAUUUGUUCAAUUAUAUAUUUAUUCAAUAAUGUGGUGUGUGGUCAAUAAAUUAAAUUUGUGUAUCCUAAUUAAUUACUCAUUAUUUUGGGCAUUACGUAAAUGAAACGGAAGUUGUGGUUUGGCUUGUUAUUUUUCCUUGUUGAAUUGCAUACUUCGUGUCCUAGUUUUUUUCUCACAUAAUCAGUUCAGGUACGAGAAAUUAUCUGUAACUUUCUAAUCUGAAGAAUUUAUAUAAAAAUGAACAUCUACACAAGUGUUUUGUUAGUAAUUGCAGUGAUAUCGCUAACUCCUAGUAAUAUUGAAGGGAGACGAAAAAUCACAAUUAGAAAAUGUUGCCCUUCAGACCAAGUGAUUGACAUUAGGCAGAUGAAAUGUCGAGACUCUGGAGAGAACAAAUGGACCCCUUGGUUUUAUAAAGUAAAUGACGACUCCGAAACAGGAAGGAAUCAACAAGGUGGUUCUGAUCAGUAUGAAAUUUUGACACAAAUUCCAUCAUGUCCAGGUGGACUUGGCGUGCACGUGCUACCCUUAAGGGGCCUCCCAGGACUUAAUAUACCAGAAGCACAGUUUCGACUACUACAGUCUGGAAAACUGGUAGGAAAACAUUCCAGGGGAAAUUGGAUUGACGUCCCGGAAAAUUCCUGUAUCGAUGGAAUAAUGAAUUAUGGAAGGUCAUACACAGGGGAUGAAAUAGAUCAAGCUAUAAUAUCAUGUCCCGUUACGGAAGAAACAACUGGCCAAAAGUAAUUCUAAUCAUAUGACAAAAUUAAUCAUAAUUCACAAUUACAUAAAUUUGUACAUUUAGCAUAAUAAUAAAAACAAAACAUAAUAAUAAUCUA